AUGUUGUUUUCAUAGCCGUCUUAAUAUUAUAAUACUGCAAAUAAUUAAAAAUAUUUAUCGUUAUUUUGACUUUAUUUUUGACUUUAGCGGAAAAGUCAUUAUGAACUUUUUUGUUUAAAAUUUGAUGCUUUAACAGAAAAAAAUAUAAUAUAUAGGGGUUUCCAUUUAAAAAAAUGUUAUUUUACUGAAAAAAAUCAAAAUAACGACUCUCAAUUGUUUUUUUUUAUUUCUCAUUUUUACCAGCGUUAAAAAUGCUACUAGUUUGCUAAUUUAAACAACUUUGUAUUUUUACUAAUAACAAAGUUACCAAUGGUGGACACUUAAUUUGGAUAACCCUGUAUAGUAUGAUAAGCAAAGAAUAGUAUAUUGUGUACCUUGUAGAAAAAGCCUGAUAUUUCUGGGUUAUUUAAAUAUUGAAGAGGUGAGGUGCAAGAUGCUGCUGCUGCAGAGCAAUAUAUUUUAUCUAUGUGUCCAUUGGGGUCUCAGCAUGAGCACAAUGACUCCGAAAAUCAACCUCAGAAUGAUUUUCAAUCUAUGCGGUCUGUGCCCCACAAUGAAAAUGACUCGACCACUCAACCAACAAUUAAUGAUAUGAUUUGGACAAAAAAGAAGUCUUCUGAAAUGGAUAACGAAGCAACUCAUUUAAUGUUGUCCUUAAGAGAAAAAAAAAAGUAGUUACUUUGACGACAAAAAAACUAAAAAACUUAAAUUGUGGAAUGACAUAGCAAAAGAGUUAGAGGAAAAUAUCUUGGGAGCAGAGAAGGAGAGCGGUGUCGUCAAAGGUUUGAGAAUUUGCAAAAAACCUAUUUAUCUCACAUUAAACAUCAAACUACAACAGGAAGUGAGUGAAAUGAUGACAUUCUUCCUUUAUUUUUUGAAGAGCUCCACUCCAUUCUAGGAUGCAAGCAUAAGGUAACCCCAUUAAAUCUAGAGGAUUCAAUGGAUGUUGAUGAAAGUACAUCAGGAAGUGUGAAAAAUGAAAUAGAAGAGCAACAACCAGACCAUACAGAUUCAGAGAGACCAUCAACAUCAACACCAGUUAGCCGAUUUAAAAAAAACUCGAAGGGUAACACCUUCUCAGCCUCAUGACUUGAUAAGAGAUAUGGAAAAAGAUAGAAAGAUAAGAAGUGAAGAAUUUAGCUUUUGGAAAGAACAUUUGAAGAAAACAGAACAACAAAAGGACAGGUUCUUAAAAAUUGUUGAGGCAGCUUUUGGGACAAAAAAAAGAAGGAGUGACGCAAACGAUUCUGACACUGACUAGGAUUAUUAUUGAUAAAUAUUUAUUUCUUUUGGUUUUUAUUUGAGAUUUUUAAAUUGUUUAAUACAUAGUUGCUUGUUCUAGUAUUUUAUUUUUAUUCACGGAAGACAUUGCCAAACUAACCUUGUGUGUAGAAUAAUUAAGUAAAACUGGAGGUAGAGAUACAUAAAUUAAAAUGAAAAACAAUAAUUGUGUGUUUUUUAUUCAAAUUAAAUUGAAAAAUAGUACAAUAAUAUUAUUCUAUGUUAUAUCUGCGUU